AUGACUACUUCGGCGCCUUUCUCGAGGGCGGUGGUGAGGGCGAUGCAGAAGCUGUAUCCGAAGGAGCUUGCCGACAACUCCUGGGAUAACACCGGGCUGCUGCUUGAGGCGCCGUUCGAUCCGUCGCGUCGCCAGUCCAACACCGCCCUCCUUACCAUCGACCUUACCAAAGCCGUCGCGGACGAAGCUAUUGCGCUCAACUCCUCAAUCGUCAUCGCAUACCACCCCAUCAUAUUCCGAGGCUUGAAGUCGUUGACUCUCGCCGACACGCAGCAACAAUCGUUACUACGCCUUGCUAGCCAUGGCAUCAGUGUGUACUGCCCACAUACCGCGCUCGACGCAGCUCCGGGAGGACUUGGAGAUUGGCUUGCGGACAUCGUAACAGGCACGAAGACAAUUUACAACAUCUCAGAAGCAGAUGCACAAUCGGAGUCUGCAAGUAAUACAAAGGAAGAUGAUGAGGACCCCUUCAUCGAAACGAAGAAGCGCCCGACAUUCAUGCUGCAACACCACCCUAGCCAGCCCCUACUGCACUUUGGCAAGCAGCCUACGCCCGCCAAAAUCCCGCUCACCGCCCCCCAUAAACGCGAAACUAUCAAACCUCAAUCGCCAGCACUAGCAUCACACCCCGGAGCUGGCAUGGGCCGCAUCGUGAAGUUCGAUCAUCCACAACCGCUCCCAACACUCCUCGAUCGCAUAGGCAAGGGACUCAACAACCCUAAAGGCUUCCCAAUCGCGAUACCCCAGGAGAAGGCAAUCGCAGAUAUAGAGAUACGUAGCGUAGGCAUCUGCGCAGGCUCAGGCUCAGGUCUGCUGAACGGUCUAGACGUGGAUCUAUUGUUCACAGGCGAGAUGGACCAUCAUUCGGCCCUUGCAGCGAUUGAGAACGGAAGAGCUGUCAUCAGUUUAUUCCAUAGCAAUUCUGAGCGCGGCUUCCUAGCAGAAGUUUUGCUUUGGCAAUUGGAAGAGGCGGUGCAAGAAGAGUGGGGUAAGAUUAGGGAGGAGGAGAAGGACAACGAAGCGCUGCAAGAGGCAUUGGAAGAUGAUGACUUCGAGAUUGCUGUCAGUGAAGUUGAUCGCGAUCCUUAUGGCAUCGUAGUGUUGAAGGGCGAUGCAGAGGAGGCGGCGUAG